AGAGUCACUGGGAGUGCAGGCUUUUGUUCCAGCCCUGCUUGAACACACCUCAUUAAUAUAGUCCAUGAGGAGUGUUAGGUAUGAUGAGUCGGCUUGAAGACCCCAUUAACGUCUUUUUAAGCCUAAUAUGGGCAGCGGAAUGUGGUGACACCAUACUAAACUCUGAGUAGAUAACCAAUGAAUUGACUAGCCAUAAACACAAUAACAAUACAGAUAUGUUUAGUGUUCAGUCCAUUGACGAAUUGCUAUAGCCAAUAUAAAUAAAUGUCGAAUACGUUUAAAGCAUUACAAAGUCGUCAAAACCCGUGCAACAGACACAAAAACAACGAUUGGUUGAAUGGCCCAUUGUGUCUUUUCACCAAUGGUAAGGAAGAUAACAGGCGUGACUAUGAACACUGGCCAAUGAGUUGAUUGCGCAAUGUUUUCUAUUGACGUCAAUCUUUAUAAACCAGGAAGAAGUAGCCUACUCGGUUAUUAAUGCGACACGAACGUUGAAACGCUGGGAUUUUAUCUCCAGGACCAAUAAAAGGAAACCAUUAAACUAGCCUAUCACAUUUGUCAAGGAGCCAAAAUGGUGAACUGCUGUGGAUUGAUAACUGUUAAGAAUGAACCAGUGCCUCUGAAGAGUAUUGUUGUGGAAGUGAGUGUGCAGGGGCAUGUGGCCACUGUGAGCUCCACUCUGCAGUAUGAGAACCAGGAGCAGAGCCCUCUGGAGGCCAUCUUUGUUUUCCCUCUGCCGGGAGAGGCUGCUGUCUGCAGGUUCAGCGCAAAGAUAGGACAGACUGAGGUGGUGGCUGAGGUUCAGGAGAAACAGAAGGCACAGGAGCAGUAUGAUGAUGCAUUGAGUUCGGGCCAGCAGGCCUUCCUAUUGGAGGAGAGUGAUGAGAGCCCGGACGUGUUCAAGCUGAGUGUGGGCAGUCUGCCUCCAGGGGAGAAGGCCUCUGUCAGCCUGGACUAUGUGACAGAGCUGGCUGUACAGGCUGACGACGGCCUGAGGCUCUGCCUGCCCGCCGUGCUCAACCCCCGCUACCAACCCCAGGGGUCAGACAGUGGUAGUGGUGGCAGUGCCCAGGUGUCCUCGGUGCCCGCUGGUUCUGUCCCCUACAGUCUGUCCCUCAGUGCCCAUGUGUCGUCCCCUCAUCCCAUCUCUAGAGUAGAGUCCAACUGUCCCCUGGACCCACUCAACUACCUCAACACAGAGAAAACGCAAGCCACGGUCAGUCUGGCUGCAGGUCAUCAGUUUGACCGGGAUGUUGAGCUGUUGUUGUAUUACCAAGACACCCACCAGCCUACUGCUAUAGUAGAGGCAGCUCAGGCUUCUGCCAAGCCAGGCUCUCUGAUGGGUGAUCCAGUGGUCAUGCUGAGCUUGUACCCAGAGUUCCCCAAGGAUGUGAUGUCAUCUAUGACCUCACACGGGGAGUUCCUGUUCGUAGUGGAUCGCUCUGGCAGCAUGGAAUGCCCCAUGCACCUUGGGUCUGGGUCACAGGACCGUAUUGGCAGUGCCAGGGAAACUCUGCUGCUCUUGCUGAAAAGCCUGCCCAUGGGCUGCUACUUCAACAUCAUCGGCUUUGGGUCCAGUUAUGAGUCCUUCUUUCCUAAGAGUGUGGAGUACAGCCAGAAGACUAUGGAUGAGGCUCUGCAGAAGGUGAAAGAAAUGAGGGCUGACCUGGGAGGUACAGAGAUCCUCCAGCCUUUAAAACAUAUCUACAGCCAGCCCUGCCUCCCCGACCAGCCCAGACAGCUCUUCUUGUUCACUGACGGUGAGGUGGGGAACACCAAGGAAGUCCUGGAUCUGGUGAAGACGAAUGCCGGUUCUCACAGGUGUUUCUCCUUUGGGAUCGGGGAGGGGGCCAGCACUGCUCUCAUUUCUGGGGUGGCCAAGCAGGCCAGAGGGCACGCACAGUUUAUCACAGGACAGGACAGGAUGCAGCCCAAAGUGAUGCAGUCUCUCCGGUUUGCCCUGCAGCCAGCUGUGGUGGACAUCUCAGUCAAGUGGAAUGUCCCAAAGGGGGUGUCUGUCAACCCUCUGUCUCCACCAAUCAGAGUGGUCUUCCAGGGUCAAAGGGCACUUCUGUAUGCCCAGCUCACUGGGGAGAGCUCGGGGGACACAGAGGGCUCAGUGACAGUGAAGUACAGCCUGGCCAAGCAGCCUGUUGAGAACCAGCUGAGCUUCAGUCUUAAGCCUACAGAGAACACUGGAAUGACCGUCCACAGGCUGGGUGCUCGAACCCUAAUCCAAUCCCUGGAGGUGGAAGAGAGGGAGCAGGAUGGUGAGAAGGAGGGAGUGAAAGAGAAGGUGAUAGAGCUCAGCGUCCAAUCAGGAGUGAGCAGUGCCUUUACUGCCUUCAUCGCUGUCCACAAAGGAGAUGGAGAGGCCCUGCAUGGACCGCUGCUACACAGACAUGUCCCCACACCAAUGUUGUAUCACAGCUCCAUGCCCAUGUUGCUGUCGUGUGGUAUGACUCGGUGCAGCCCCAUGGUGAUAGCGUGUAGUCUGCAGAAGAAUAUUUGUGCCCCAGCUUUGAAUGCUAUAGAAGUAUUCGGCUAUGACAACAACUGUUCUGAAGACUUUGACUCUCCAGCCCCAACCUCUAAGCCUGUGAGGGACCCUCUCCUCCAGCUGAUCUCCCUUCAGAAGGCCUCUGGUUCCUGGGUCCUAGAGGCAGCAUUGGCUGAGGUGCUGGUGAAGACAGAGGAGGAGGUGUCCAAGCCAAAGCCUGCACAGGUGGACCAGGAGGUGUGGGCCACGGUUCUCGCCCUGGUAUGGCUCUAUGGUUUCAAGAUGGAGGCUCAGGAAGAGUGGCAGUUUCUGGCCAUGAAGGCAGUAUCAUGGAUUCAGGCUCAGAAAGUGGCCAGUGUGUCUGAGUGUGUCCAGGCUGGAAACACCCUUCUGGGUUGCCAAGUGCAGAAAGACACCCUGGGGCUCUGACAUGUUCACCCUCCCAGUCCUCAAUCUGUCCCCCAUACGUCUACUACUCUACCUGGGGUGGGAUAUAUACACACAACCCUGCCUGCUCCAAGUCCCCUACUCCAAGCAAACUGGUGGAGCGAGCAACUGUAUCUGCCUAAACAAGCCUAAUUAUCAACGUCUUGCCUAUAUCAGCUGAUUGUCAUUUACUGUUGGGACACUUAUGUAUCUCAAUGUAUUGGUUGUUAUUAACAUAUCAACAUUCAUCUUCGUGUGACGUAUACAGCUAAACUUGUUUCGACUUUUCUUUGGUUAUCAAUUCCAUAUAGACUACUGGAAACAAUAUGUAUGCAGUACUUGUCAUCACUAACCAAAAUGCUUGGUAAAAGGCCUUAUUAUUGUAUGUAUGCAUUAUCCACGUAUAUGAAGCCAAAUGCAUGCAGGGAGAAGUUGUGGAUAAUAUGAAAAGCCAGAUGAGUGCCUAUCUGGGUGCCUUUACUGUGUGAUCAUGUAACACUGUCUCUGUAUUCAUGUAAUUCCUCAUAUACAUUACCGUUCAAAAAUUUGGGGUCACUUAAAUAUUUUCUUUUUUUUUUUUUUAAGAAAAGCACAUUUUUGUCCAUUUAAAUAACAUCAAAUUGAUCAGAAAUACACUGGAAUAACACAUGGAAUCAUCUAGUUACCAAAAAUGUUAAACAAAUCACAAUGUGAGAUUCUUCAAAGUAGUCACCCUUUGCCUUGUUGACAACUUUGCAAACUCUUGGCAUUCUCUCAACCAGCUUCACCUGGAAUGCUUUUCCAACAGUCUUGAAGGACUUCUCACAUAUGCUGAGCGCUUGUUGGCUGCUUUUCCUUCACUCUGCGGUCCAACUCAUCCCAAACCCUCUCAAUUUGGUUGAGGUCUGGGGAUUUUGGAGGCCCGAUCAUCUGAUGCAGCACUCCAUCACUCUCCUCCUUGUUAAAAUAGCCCUUACACAGCCUGGCGGUCUGUUGGGUCAUUGUGCUGUUGAAGAACAAAUGAUAGUCCCACUAAGCCCAAACCAGAUGGGAUGGCGUAAACAGCAUUCUGCACGUUAAGUGUUUCUUAAAUUCUAAAUAAAUCAGUGUCACCAGCAAAGCACCCCCACAUCAUAACACCUCCUCCAUGCUUUACGGUGGGAAAUACACAUGCGGAGAUCAUCCGUUCACCCACACCGCGUUUCACAAAGACAAUCCAGACCAAAGGACAAAUUUCCACCGGUCUCAUGUCCAUUGCUCGUGUUUCUUGGCCCAAGCAAGUCUCUUCUUCUCAUUGGUGUUCUUUAGUAGUGAUUUCUUUGCAGCAAUGUGACCACGAAGGCCCGAUUCACACAGUAUCCUCUGAACAGUUGAUGUUGAGAUGUGUCUGUUACUUGAACUCUGAAGCUUUUAUUUGGGCUGCAAUUUCUGAUGUUAACUCUAAUGAACUUAUCCUCUGCAGCAGAAGUAACUCUGGGUCUUCCAUUCCUGUGGUGGUCCUCAUGAGUGCCAGUUUCAUCAUAGCACUUGAUGUUUUUUUGCGACUGCACCCCCCCACCCCCCACCUUGUCACAACACAACUGAUUGGCUCAAAUGCAUUAAGAAGGAAAGAAAGUCCACAAAUUAACUUUUAACAAGGCAUACCUGUUCAUUGAAAAUCAUUCCAGGUGACUACCUCAUGAAUCUGGUUGAGAGAAUGCCAAGAGUGUGCAAAGCUGUCAUCAAGGCAAAGGGUGGCGACUUUGAAGAAUCUCAAAUAUAUUUAGAUUUGUUUAACACUUCUUUUGGUUACUACAUGAUUCCAUAUGUGUUAUUUCAUAGUUUUGAUGUCUUCACUACUUUACUAUUGUUCUACAUUGUUGAAGAUAGUCAAAAUAAAGAAAAACCAUGAAUGAGUAGGUGUUCUAAAACUUUUGACAGGUAUCGUAUGACUUCACUUGAUAAAAAUGGAUCAUAAUCUACA